AUGACGACCGCAUCCACCGAGACCAGCACCGCGCUGAGCGCUGAUCCAUUGACCCUGAUCGAUGUAGACCAUGUCCGUUUCUAUGUGGGAAACGCGAAGCAAGCCGCGUAUUUCUACGCGCACACCUUCGGAUUCCGGAUCGAUCAGAUCGCGGACCUUACCACCGGCUCGCGCACCGAAGCGGACUACCUGCUCACGCAGGGGAACAUCCGCAUGCUCUUAACGACACCGCUCACCAAAGAGCAUCCCGCCGCCGAAGAGCUCAAACGCUACGGCGAUGGAGUCAAGGAAGUCGCGCUGACUGUUCAAGACGCAACCGCCGCGUACGACCAAGCGAUCGCCAAUGGCGCCGAGUGCGCCCAAGCACCUCGCACGCUCGAAGACGAGAAGGGUAGUGUCACCGUCGCGUCGAUCAAGAUCUACGGCCGCGUGAUCCACACCUUCGUCUCGCGUACAGGAGAGUACGAGUACGAGAAGCUGCGUCAGGGAGGUCUGUUCAUGCCGACCUUCCAGAAGAUCGACUCGCCGCUUAACAAGUACAACGAAGAGAAUCCGUGUGGUCUGAUGUACUGCGAUCACUUCGUCGGAAAUGUCGAAGACGGCAAGAUGAACCAUUGGGUCAAGUGGUACGAGGAUGUCAUGGGGUUCAAGAUGUUCAAGCACUUCGAUGAUGCGGACAUCUCCACUGAAUACUCCGCGCUCAUGUCCAAGGUGAUGGCGAGCGGCAACAACCUCAUCAAGAUGCCGAUCAACGAGCCCGCGGAAGGUCUGAAGAAGUCGCAGAUCCAGGAAUACCUCGAAUGGCACGACAUGACCCCCGGCGUGCAGCACCUCGCGUUCCGCACAGACGAUGAACUCUCGACCGUCGCCGAGCUCCGCCGUCGUGGUGUGGACUUCCUGAACAUGCCGGACACUUACUAUGAGCUCGUCUGGGAACGCGUCAACAAGAUGCUCAAAGACCACGGCCACGAUGUCGUCAAGGAAGACCACCAACGCGUCCGCGAUCUGGGAAUCCUGGUUGAUGCGGACGAUGAGGGGUACCUGCUCCAGCUGUUCACCAAGCCGCUGCAGGACCGUCCGACCUUCUUCAUCGAGAUCAUCUGCCGAAGGGGAUCACAGAGCUUCGGGAAGGGGAACUUCAAGGCACUGUUCGAGUCAUUGGAACUUGAACAGGAGCGGAGAGGGAAUCUGUAA